AUGGCGGCGCAACCUACUAUUAGCAGGUUUUUUAAAGCUGUGAAAAAAGAGCCGAAAGACACUAAUCAGGACCCACCAGAUGAAUGUUCGGACAUUGGGAAGACUGCUGAGACUAGUAUCUCGUUGAGUGAUGAGGAGGACAAAUAUCUUGGGAGUAUUGGUGAUUCGCGAGAUGGGAGUUCAGAGAGAUCAAUUGACACGAAAGUUCAAGAAGAGCCUGCUAAGAGAAUUGUGCAACAAACACCAAACCCUCCUGCCGAUGGGACUGGUGCUUCGAACGUUGGAUCGUCACUUGGCAAAUUUGCCCUGAAUGGUAUGGAUUUGCCUGAGACAGAUACUAAUAAAAAUGCUAAUUCGAACUCGUUUGCGAAGAGACUGAAUUCAAUUUUGAAUGAUGACACUACGGUAGAGGAUAAGGACGUCAUCGACAAACGACCUUCGAAAAUGUUGAAAGUUGACGACAGCAAAGAGACCAAAUUGACCCCAUUGGAUGAACAAGUGAGAUCUUUGAAACUGCAAAACAUGGAUAAAAUUCUACUUGUCAGGGUUGGCUAUAAGUAUAAAUGUUUUGCCGAAGACGCUAUUAUUGUAAGCAGCAUCCUCCACAUCAAGUUAGUCCAAGGUAAACUAACUCUUGAUAACUCUAAUCCGCACGAUUCCCAAUACAAAAAUUUUGCGUAUUGCUCAUUCCCAGAUGUCAGGUUAAACAUCAAUUUGGAAAGGCUGAUCCACGAAAACCUUAAAGUAGGCAUUGUGGAACAGAGUGAGACAAGCAGCUUGAAGAAACAAUCGGAAAACAAAAGCAAAUCUGUAUUCGAAAGAGAAGUUACGAACGUUGUUUCAAAGGCAACGUAUGGUAUCAACGUUGAUAAAGCUCGUUCUUCAAAGGAAUCCCCGAUACUAGGCGAUACCAAGAGUAUAUGGAUCUUGAAAGUUGUGCCAACAUCUGAACAGUUAUCGAAGUAUUCCCUAGUGUCUGUGAAUCUUAAUUCAGGUGAGGUGAUUUUUGAUGAGUUUUCUGAUACGGCAUCUUCGUCAGAACAACUAAUAACAAGAGUAAAAUACUUGGAUCCGAUAGAAGUAAUAUUACAAUGCUCAGAGAAACAUGUCAAUCGCUGUUUGAAGAAUGCAGAGUGUCAAAUCACUGAGAUAAAAGAAGAGGAUAAUCGCCAUUUGGAUGCAUUCAAUGAAUUAAAGGUUGAUGUACCAGUUCCGGAAACGCUCAAAGAGUUGGUUGCCCACCUGUAUCAUUAUUUGCACCAAUAUAAUAACGAAAACAUUCUCCUAAUAACAGAUAAUUAUAGACCUUUCACGUCCAAGAUGUUUAUGCUACUUGAUGGGAAUGCAAUGGAUGCGUUGGAUAUUUUCUCCAACGAGGGUAAAAAGGGAUCGUUGUUUUGGGUCCUCAACCACACUAGAACUCCAUUCGGGUCAAGACAACUGAGAAAUUGGGUUAAACGUCCCCUUCUGAACACGACAGAUAUUGAAGAUCGGUUAGACGCCAUCGAAUGUAUUUCAGAGGUAAUUAAUGACAUCUUCUUUGAAUCAUUGAAUCAUCUUCUGAAAAGUAUACCUGAUUUGUCACAUACCCUCAAUCGUAUCACAUACGGAAGAACUUCACGCAGAGAGGUGUAUUACUUUUUGAAGCAAAUAUGUUCCCUGAUUGAUCAUUUCAAAUUACAUCAAAGUUAUAUCGAAAAUCAAAUCUUAUUGCCAGAUGGGAAGAUACCCAAAAGAUCCAAACUAUUACCGAAGUGGUUCCAAGAAAUGUACGAAUAUUUAAAAGAUUCAAACAUUCCCAGGAUUUUGACUAUGGUCAAUGUUGCGGCGGUCAUGGAGAAGGAUCCGGAAAAACAGCAAAUAGGCUUUUUGAAUUUGAAUAACUAUGAUAACCCAGCGAAAAUUAUUGACAUUCAGCGAAAUAUUGAAAGUAUACAAGAUGAAAUGAACGUGGAAUUAAACAACAUCCGAAAGUUUCUCAAAAGACCUUACUUAAACUAUAGAGAUGAAGUGGAUUAUUUGAUUGAGGUAAGAAAUUCUCAAGUUAAGGGGCUUCCCGACGAUUGGGUUAAAGUUAACAGUACGAAGUCCGUCAGCAGAUUUUUGACUCCAAAAAAUACCAAGCUUUUGCAAAAUUUACAAUAUCAAAAGGACCUGUUACUCCAAGAAACAAGAUCCGAGUUCUUGGUUUUUCUUCAAAAGAUUAAAGCAGAAUACACCUCAUUGAACAAAUUAAUUCAAAAAAUUGCAAACUACGAUUGUAUCUUGGCGUUGGCAGCUACGUCAUGCGCCAUUAAUUAUGUUAGACCUAAAUUUGAGACGAAUAAAGGUCAAUUUGUUAGCAUUGUAAAAGGAAGAAAUGCUGUUAUUGAAUCUUUGGAUAGAAAUUACGUUCCUAAUGACAGUAAUAUGUACACCAACGAAGGUAAAAUUACCAUAAUCACUGGUCCGAAUAUGGGGGGUAAGUCAUCAUACAUUCGGCAAGUGGCUCUACUCAUUGUAAUGGCCCAAAUUGGAUCUUUUGUCCCAGCACACUCAAUGGAACUAAGUCUGUUUGAUAACAUAUUUACUAGAAUUGGGGCAAAUGAUAACCUACUACAAGGUCAGUCUACAUUCAUGGUAGAGAUGUCGGAAAUAUUACACAUAAUCAAAAGAGCCACACCUAAGUCGUUGUUGCUUCUCGACGAGGUCGGUAGGGGUACCGGGACUAUAGAUGGGAGAGCAAUAUGCUACGCAAUAUUAAAAUACUAUCUUGAACUAGUUGAUUGUCCACUGAUUCUAUUUACUACGCACUUCCCUGAUAUUGGGAAACAACUUCGAGACACUUAUCAAAAGGCGAUCAAGAACUUCUAUAUGGACUACGUCGAAGAACAGAAACCGGGCGAAAGUUGGCAAAGCGUUAUAUUCUUGUACCAGCUCAAAGAAGGUCUGAGUGAAGAUUCGUACGGGUUAAAUGUGGCUAAAUUGGCGGGUAUAGACAGUGAGAUUAUAAAUUCGGCUUACCAGGUAUCGCGUAAGAUGAAAAAUGAGGAAUCGGAAAGCGAAAAACUUUUGAAACUUGUCUUGGGCCUAAGGUCCAUUUUUCAAAGUAGUGAAAACAAAGCUGAGUCAAAUGGAGAACAAUUUCGGAGACUGUUGGAAAUAUGCGAUAAUUGA